AUGGACACUGUGUUUGUGUUGGUUUCGUCACUCCCCUUGAUUUUCAGCACCCACUUUGCGUUGACAGUUGCAAACAACCUUGAAUUCUCUAGUAUACAACCUACACGAUUGGUCACCAAACUCAUUCACCGCGAUUCUAUUGUCUCCCCAUAUUACAGGUCCAAUGACACAGUUGCAGACCGCACAGAACGCACUAUGAAGGCCUCACUUGCUCGUCUAUCCUACUUGUAUGCAAAAAUUGAAAGAGAUUUUGACAUCAAUGAUUUGUGGCUCAAUCUUCAUCCUAGUGCCUCCGAACCCUUGUUCUUAGUAAAUUUUUCCAUGGGACAGCCACCUGUUCCACAACUCGCGAUAAUGGACUCAGGCAGCAGCCUCUUAUGGAUACAAUGCGCUCCUUGUAAAAGUUGUUCCCAACAGAUAAUUGGGCCAAUGUUCGACCCCUCCAUUUCCACCACGUAUGAUAGCUUGUCAUGCAAAAAUAUCAUAUGUCGUUACGCCCCCAGUGGGGAAUGUGACUCGUCGGGUCAAUGUGUGUAUAACCAAACAUAUGUAGAAGGCCUACCAUCAGUGGGAGUCAUUGCCACAGAACAACUAAUCUUUGGAAGUUCAGAUGAAGGCAGAAAUGCUGUUAAUAAUGUGCUCUUUGGGUGCAGUCAUAGGAAUGGAAAUUACAAGGACAGGCGUUUCACCGGGGUCUUCGGACUCGGCAGUGGAAUCACAUCUGUAGUAAAUCAAAUGGGAUCUAAAUUUUCCUAUUGCAUCGGUAAUAUAGCGGAUCCUGACUACAGUUAUAACCAGUUGGUUUUAAGCGAAGGAGUGAACAUGGAGGGCUAUUCAACACCUUUAGAUGUGGUUGAUGGCCAUUACCAGGUCAUUCUAGAAGGAAUUAGCGUUGGAGAGACAAGGCUUGUCAUCGAUCCUAGUGCUUUUAAAAGGACAGGGAAGGAAAGAAGAGUAAUAAUUGAUUCAGGAACAGCACCUACUUGGCUAGCUGAAAACGAAUAUAGAGCACUUGAAAGGGAGGUUCGCAACCUAAUAGAUAGAUUCUUAACACCAUUUAUGCGGGAGUCAUUCCUAUGUUACAGGGGGAAAGUGGGUCAAGACCUUGUUGGGUUUCCAGCAGUGACAUUUCACUUUGCUGAGGGUGCAGAUUUGGUGGUAGACACUGAAAGUAUGUUUUAUCAAGCCACACCAAAUAUAUUUUGCAUGGCAGUGAGCCAAGCUAGCGUCUAUGGAAAAGAUUUCAAAGAUUUCUCUGUGAUUGGGUUAAUGGCUCAGCAGUACUACAAUGUAGCUUAUGACCUUAACAAGCACAAGUUAUUCUUCCAGAGAAUUGAUUGUGAACUUCUUGAUGAGUAA